AUGGGGGCAAGAAGUGGCAUUAAAAGCGAAAUGAAAGGAAAGGAUCGUUCGCAUUGGCUUGAUGAUCCUGACUGCGAUCGACAAACAUUUUAUCUAUCUAUCUAUCUAUCUAUCUAUCUAUCUAUCUAUAUAGUGUCCUUUAAAAAUGUAGUCACUCUUAAACAAUUCCACCUCACUACCUCUACUUCCAUCUUCUUUUCCCACCUUACUCUCUUCUUUCCUUUCUCUUUCUCUUUCUCCCUUGCCUAUUAUCCUUUAUCUCACUUUGUUAGAUUCUUUUUCCCACUCUUUCUGUCAUCCUAUUUUGUUCUAAUCUAUUUUCCUUUCACCCUUUUGUUUCUCUUUUUACUUCUCGCAAUCUUCUCCAUAUUUCUUUUUACUUCAUUUUUUUCUCUCUUUUCUUUGACCCUUCUUUCCAGUAUAAAUUUCUUUAUUGAUUUUUUUCUUUCCUUCCUAUUCAUAAUUAUUAUUCCUCAUUCAUUCUUUCUUUCAAUUUCUAUUAUUUUUAAUUUUUUGCAUAUUUAUUGUUCUCUCUCUUUUUCUUUCUUCCUUUUUUUCAAUUUCUAUUAUUUUCAUUUAUAUAAUUAUUAUUCUCCUUCUUUCUCUCUUUUUCUCUCUUUUUCUUUCUUUUUUUCUUUUUUCCAUUUGUAUUAUUUUCAUUUUAUAGCAUAA